AUGAGGCACAAGAGCUUGUGUCGGUUUCUUUUCUCUCUUCUUCUCCCUUAUCUCUUUUUCUUCUUCCUAACUUCUUUUCUCAUUGUUCUUUUCAUCUUCCUUUUCCUCCCUCUCUUUUUCCUCUCGUUCCUUUUUUCCUUCUGUUUCCUCACCUUCUUUCUUUUCUUUUCUCAGUUUCCUCUCUUUUUUCUGUUUCCUCUUCCUCCUUCUUUUUCCCUUUUUUCUUCUCCCUUUCUCUCCUGUUCUUUUUUCUCCUCCUCUCUUUUUCCUCACUUCUUUUCUUUUUCCUCUCCUCCCUCCCUCCUCUCCAUCCCCUUUCCUUCCUUCCUGAUUCUUUUUUCCUCUCCUCUUUUCUCUCUCGAGGAAUCUCUCUCACUCUACUUCUUUCUCUUUCUCUCUACUUGUUUCUCUCUCUACUUCGUUGUCUUUCUCUUUGUCUUUCUACUUUGGCUUUCUCUCUCUCUCUCUCUCUCUCUCUCUCUCUCUGCUUUUUUGUCUUUAUCUCUUUGUCUUUCUCUUUCUCUACUUUUUGUGUCUCUCUUUCUGUCUAUUUUUCUCUCUCUCUUCACUUCUAAUUUUUUUUUUCUCCGUUUCUCUACUUCUCACUCUCCUCCCACUUAUUUCCCCCACUCUCUCUCUCCUUCCCCACUUAUUUCCUUCUCCCUCUCUCACUUACUUUACUUAUUCCCUCUUUCUCUCUCAUUUCACUUUUUCCUUCCCUCUGUCAUUUUUCUUCUUUCUUUCUCACUUCUUCACUUCUUUACUUCUAUUUGUCGCCCUUCAUUUAUUUCUUUUUCUCUUCUUCACUGCUUUUUUUUCUCUCUCUCUCUCUUUCUCCCUCUCUCUCUCUCUCUCUUUCGUCCACGUUUCCUUUUUUCUCUCACACUCUCACCAACGUCUCUUUUCUCUCACUCUCUCUUUCUCUCAUCCACUUCUUUUUCUCUCUCCUACUUCUUUCUUUUUCUCUCUCUCAUUUCAACUCUUUCUCACUUUCCUUCAUUUUACGUUUUUCUUUCUUUCUUUCUUUCUUUCUUUCUUUCUUUCUUUCUUUCUUUCUUUCUUUCUUUCUACAUCUUUACGCCCAUCGACAGCCUCCCCUUAUUUGUCAUGAAAAUCCCCUUUUAA